GUGUACUAUCGCCACUGUGGCCGGACGCCGAUCGCGAAGCGUGGACGAUUGAUAAUAGCAGUUCUCUCGAAAUUCAGAGUAAUAAUACCGAUAGUAAUUGUUUGACGUUAGCGUGGCAUAGAUUUUUUUUUUCAAACAUAGGAUGAGUAACUUCCACUCUCCUAUGAGAUGUAUUUCUCCCAACGCGAGAGUUUUAACGCCCAAGCCGCAGGUGCAGCAAUUGUUGGAGCUGAGGCAGAUGCAGACCAAGGCUCGCAACAGUAUCGUGUGGUUCUCUAUCAACAGCGUCCUGCUUAGCGUUAUAAUCUUCGACAUAUUUUACGGUGGAUUCGCGUACAAGCCGGUCUACUGGAUCGAGUGGUUCCUAGUAUCGAUAUUCGCCCUGAACGCUCUGUACCACAUUGUACAGUACACCUGGACCACGCUGAGUCUGAAGCCGAUUGCGCUCGGCCCUAAGCAACGGCCGCUCCUAGGAGUCGCGGAGGAUGACCCCCUGUUCAGGGACGAGAUACCGCAGAAGCAGACGACCCCGGAGCCGAGUCCCUCGUUGAACCUGUCGUGCAUAAAUCUCAGCAGACGCUCGACUACCCUUGGAUCUUCGGUUCUGAGCGACAAGGAUUACUCGACAACCGUCCCAUUUUUUAAAUACAGCAGUCUGAUAUCCUCCAAAGCGACCGCUUGCUCCAACGGAUCGCUCAGCAGAUCUAUGAACGUUUCCUUAAACGGCAGCCUGACGAACGAGGAUCUCAUUCAGGACGAAUGCGAACUCGAGAGUUACCUCAAGGAGGUCGAGCAACAAAGGAAAUGUGUACUGUCGACGAAUGUCGAUCAACCUUCCAAUCUCUUGAGCUCCUUCUGGUCUCACCCCGCCACUCGAAGUCCCGGUGAGGUAUCGCCGUUGUUAAGAAGAUGCGCUUAUCAGCUCGCGCCCACUAUAGAUAAAACAAAAGCGACCAGCCCCGCUGAGGAAGGGAGCUCUCCUAGGGGCACAUUUGGUGCACUAGACGUAUGGAGGAAGUAUAGAGUUGAUUCUAACAAAGUGAACGAAUGGACCGCCAAUCUCCGGAUGUGGAUCAGCAAGACAGUCGUCGAACGCGUGGCUUUGGAAAUAGACAGUAUAUGCGCAACAUUAGUACGCCACGGCCUGAGCGACUCGCAGCCGGGCCAUGUGGGUCUGGACAGACUCAGGAAACUCGCGCAGGCGCAAUUUCUGGUCUGUGUGAUUCCAUCUCUGCCCACGUUAGUUCCCUUCCUGGAGCUCUGUAACAAUCAGGAGUACCUUGUGAAGAGAAUAAAAACACUCGCCAAAGGAGGAUCCAUGAGCGAAUUCAAGUGGAACGGCGGUGGGUCUCACAAUGGUAAAGAGUGGGACUCCAGCUUGCCAACGGAUUCUGCUAUAAUAAUGCAUUUAAUUUCGACCUACAUGGACACGCAGUUGGAAGCACCCUUGGAUCAACCGGACGCCAGGCCAUUUACAUCGAGAUACAUGGCGAGAUCUGGCAUGGAACUGCCGCGAAAUAAGGGCCCGAUAAUAGUCUGUCAAUCCAUAAAUCCGCCGCAUUAUAGCCUGGCGCUAUCCGGCGAUUCUCUCCCAAGCGACUACGAGGAAGUUCAACGGGGACGCAAUAAUUUGUUCCAUACGCUCUUACUCUUUUUAUACAUAGUCAAGACGCGAGAUCACGGUAUGUUAGGACGAGUUAAUGCAGGAUCGUCUGGAAUUAAUAUUCUAUGGGUGAUAGACGGUUGAAGCGAGACGAUUUUUUUUUUAUUUGCUGCCUGAUUAAGAUAAAAGAAAAAAAAGGGACGAUUGUGGCUAUUAUACGAUGAAAUCGGAUUUGUAUCCGUAACUUCGACUGCGUUCAAUAUUUUGUCUGUAAUAUUUCAUAUUAUUUGUAUAUAUAGUAUUUAAUAAAUGCGACUGAAUAAAA